AUGGUCAGAAAAGUAAAAAGUCAAAUGGAGAUCUUGCUGGAUGAAGUUGGGAUAGAUGUAGAUGCAGAAUUAGACAGUACAGAAUCGGAGAGUGAUGAUUCUAGAGCAAGUAAUUUAAACAGCCAGCAAAUACAGUAUCAGAGGACAAGACAUUAUAAAUUUGCUGAAAAUGAUAGUGAAGAUGACGAUGAUGAUGAUGAUGAUGAUGAUAACUUUAAUCAGCCAAAAAGAAAGAGAAUUGUGAGAAAAUCCACAAGAAUUAGAAAAGUAGAAGAUGACCAAGAGACUGAAACAGAAUCUGAGGCUGUGGAAACAAAGAAAAGUAAAAGGACUGUGGUACAAAAGGACAUAAACAAAAACAACACCAAGACAACAAAAAAAGAUUCAAACAAUGAAAAAACUUCAGUUCAGACCAAAGGGAGAAAUAUAAAUAAACCAGCAGAUAAGAAUAAAAAGAGAAAAAGUAGCAGUUCAUCUUCAUCAUCUUCCUCUUCAUCAUCUUCUUCAAGUUCAGAGGAAAGUUUAUCAGAUAGUGAAAGAGAAAGGAUAAUGAAGCAAGUUGAAGAUAAGAAAAAAUUAAUUUCCGUUAUUAGAAGUAAACCUUGGAGAAUGUCAAAGAAGCUACAUUUACUUAAUCAAGCCCAUGACUUUGUUGAAAAAUUUGAAGGUGCUCUUGGACGUGGAAAAGGAAGAAAACUCUAUGCCUAUAAAAUUAUGAUGACUAAGAAAUGGAUGAAGUUCAAGAGAGAUUUUGAAAAUUUUAAAACAGCCUGUAUACCAUGGGAAAUGAAGAUUAAGGAAAUUGAAAGUCACUUUGGAUCAUCUGUGGCAUCCUAUUUCAUAUUUCUUAGGUGGAUGUAUGGUAUUAACCUAGUUCUCUUAUGCAUGAUACUUGGAUUGGUUGUCAUUCCUGAGAUAUUAAUGGGACAGCCUGCUGGAACCAUUCCAAGAAAGACCAUACCUAGAGAUGAACAGGCAACUGCAAUGAAUUAUGGUGUGCUCAGCGAGUUUGGGGGGGCUUUAAAAUAUUCACUCCUCUUCUAUGGUUAUUACAACAAUCAAAGAACAAUUGGACCCCUGCAGUACAGACUCCCAUUGGCAUAUUUUCUAUGUGGAGUUGGUGUCUUUGGAUACAGCUUAAUAGUUGUGAUAAGAAGAAUGGCGAAGAAUAUAAAUGAGAGCACAGCCGACGGAGAUGAUGAUAACUUUACAUUCAGCUGGAAAAUGUUUACUAGUUGGGAUUACCUUAUUGGUAACCCUGAAACCGCAGAUAACAAAUUUGCAUCAAUUACAACGAGCUUCAAGGAAUCUAUAGUGGAUGAACAGGAGAAUACAAAGGAAGAAAACAUUCAUCUACGGAGGUUUCUAAUUGUUCUAGCAAAUGUAUUGAUCACCAUCUGUCUUGGAGGAAGUGGAUAUCUCAUUUAUUUCGUUGUACAGCGAUCACAGGCAUUCAAAAAGCUGAAUAACCCGAGCUGGUAUCAGAAUAAUGAGGUAGAAAUUGUAAUGAACCUGCUGUCGAUGUUUUGUCCUCCACUAUUUGAAACAAUAGCUGCUAUGGAAAAUUAUCACCCUAGACUGGCUUUAAAGUGGCAGCUUGGGCGGAUUUUCGCACUCUUCUUGGGAAAUCUUUAUACUUUUUUGCUGGCUUUAAUUAAUGAUGUCAAUAGCAAGUUAGAGGAGGAAGUGCUUAUAAAGAACAAGACUAUGUUGUUGAUAUUCAGCUUAAAUAAUGGAUCUUCUAUUAAUGGGAGCACUUCAACACCAUUCAUUCACCCAGCUGAUAUGCCGAGAGGUCCAUGCUGGGAAACAAAUGUGGGCAUAGAAUUUGUAAAGCUGACAGUAUCAGAUACCCAGAUGACUUACAUCAUGAUUCUUGCAGGAGAUUUUGGCCGAGCCGUGAUUGUCAGGUUUCUCAAUUACUGCUGGUGUUGGGAUUUGGAGUCUGGAUUUCCAUCUUAUGCUGAGUUUGAAAUAAGUGGCAAUGUCCUUGGUCUCAUUUUUAAUCAAGGCAUGAUAUGGAUGGGGGCAUUUUAUGCACCUGGACUGAUUGUCGUAAAUAUACUGCGCCUCCUGUCUUCAAUGUACUUGCAGUGCUGGGCAGUAAUGAGCAGCAACGUUCCACAAGAAAAAGUAUUUAAAGCCUCCAAGUCAAAUAAUUUCUACAUGGCCUUAUUACUGCUAGUGCUGUUCAUGAGCUUGCUGCCCGUAGUAUAUACAAUAAUGACCAUAUCCCCAUCAUUUGACUGUGGCCCUUUCAGUGGAAAAAACAGGAUGUUUGACGUCCUUCCAGAGACAAUUGAAAAGGACUUUCCACCUUUUAUUACCAAAGUGUUUGGUUACGUGUCCAAUCCUGGGGUUAUUAUUGCAGCUGUGCUUCUAAUGGUACUAGCCAUAUAUUAUCUUAAUGCAAUAUCCAAGGCAUACAAGAAUGCCAACAUUGAAUUCAAGAAGAAAAUGCAAAGGAAACGGGAUGAUGAGAAAAGUAAACGCAACAACACCGUCUCGACAAAUGAAUUAAUGAGAGAUUUGGAAGGGUUACUGCCUCCUAGUGUGAGAUAUGGUAUCAAGAAGGAAAUGGAAGAAAGAGCAGAUGAAAUAUAUCUCAAACCUAACACAAACAAUGAAACUAAUUCUAGACCUGGUAAGCUACCUUCACCCGUGAAAAAUGGCCCGAAGUUGACUAUUACAAAACCACCAAUUCAGUCUGAGGUGGUAACAACCUUAUCUACUAAGAAGCUUCAAGUUAAUGCCAUAAGACCACAACCAGGCAGAGAACUUGGAUUUGUUGCUAAAGAUGACAUGGUUUCAGAUCGUAGCAAUCCAGAGCUUUUUUCACAAUCAACACUUAUCACCUAA